GCCUCCGCCGCCGCCGCACGAGUCUUUCCUUAGUAACCUGGGCGAUAGCUGUGGAUGUUUGCAAGGAUUAUCUUCAGUCAUGGCCUUGGGAUUAAAGUGCUUCCGCUUCGUCCACCCUGCCUUUCGUAAUUACUUUGCAGCCUUGACCAGACCUGUUUCAGAAGUUACAGCGAAGACAGUGAGUGGAAGACAACAUGACCAUAGGCAGCGCAUGGCCUAUCCACCUGUACCAGUGCGCCAUUUUGCUACCAAGAAAGCCAAAGCCAAAGCGAAAGGACAGUCCCAAACCAGAGUGAAUAUUAACACUGCCUUGGUGGAAGAUAUAAUCAACUUGGAAGAGGUGGAUGAGGAAAUGAAGUCUGUGAUGGAAGCACUCAAGGAUAAUUUCAAUAAGACUCUCAAUAUAAGGACUUCACCAGGAUCACUUGAUCAUGUUACUGUGGUAACUGCUGAUGGGAAGCUUACUUUAAACCAGAUUAGCCAGAUCUCCAUGAAGUCGCCACAGCUGAUUUUGGUGAAUAUGGCCAGCUUUCCAGAGUGUACAGCUGCAGCUAUCAAGGCUAUAAGAGAAAGUGGAAUGAAUCUGAACCCAGAAGUAGAAGGAACGCUAAUUCGGGUACCCAUUCCCAAAGUAACCAGAGAGCACAGAGAAAUGCUAGUGAAACUGGCCAAACAGAACACCAACAAGGCCAAAGACUCUUUAAGGAAGGUUCGUACCAAUGCAAUGAAUAAGCUGAAGAAAUCAAAGGACAAGGUCUCAGAGGACACCAUUAGGCUCAUAGAGAAACAGAUCAGCCAAAUGGCCGAUGACACAGUUGCAGAGCUGGACAAGCAUCUGGCAGUGAAGACCAAAGAACUCCUUGGAUGAAAGUGCAAGGGCCAGCAACACUCCAGAGCCCAGUUUCUGGUGGAUCCCAGGGGUGGCAAGUUGGCACCUUUCUCCCCCCAUCCACACAGAAGGCUGUCACUGUGCUGUCAGUCCUAGUGAGGCCCACCCUUCCCAGUGGGGCGCUCAGACUUGUUCAUUCUCUUCCUCUUACCCCCUGCCCACCUCAUUCUGCUCUGGGCCUUCUGGCAUGGUUGGCCGUUGGAGAAUAUCUGCUGCUGGCAGAGGGCCUGUACUCAAGGCAUUGCCUUGACUGUGAUGUCUCCAGGGAACUGGGACCAUUGGCAGGCUUAGCCCCGCCUGCUCCUCAUCUCAGGAGCCUCCUUUUCAAACAGUUAGUCAGGCCCUUUCCCCAAUUUUGAACUCUAUUUGGGCCAAUGUGGGCCGUCACCUGUGAUGGACAACUUUGCUAGAAUCCCAUUUUCACCAAACAGUAAAAUCUAAAUAAAUUUGUAAGAAUAGCAACCACAAAGGAAAGGAUAGAGUGGGUCUAGAUGGAUGAUCUCUAAGGACCUGUGUAUAAAGCAACCAGAACAGUACUUUGCCUCUGGGUCAUCUUCACAUGAGCUCUUUUCUCUGCCCACAUCACUCUUCCAUUUCUCACCUGGCCAGUCCUGUUCACUUUCAAGGUCUCAGCUUGGGUAUCAAUACUCUGGGAAGUCUUUCUUUCUCCCCUAACCUAGGACCCACAUUAUUGGCUGUCAUAGCAUAGUCUACUGCUUUUAUCUGAACCCAAAUUAUUCUUUAUGUGAAUUAGUCUGUAUAUCCUCAGAACUUGGCCUGGAGCAUAUGAGCAUUCAUAUGUUUGUGGUAUGAAUAAAU